AUGGCCUCGUUUGUCUCCAAGAGACUCCGCUCAACGGAGGAGAAUCAGGAUGUUGAGCCAAGCUGGAUUCGACGCCAGGUCACCUGUGGCCUGCAGUCUAUUUCUCGCCGGGCCUGUGUGCACCCAAUCCACACAAUUGUUGUGAUUGCCCUUCUUGCCAGUACCACCUACGUCGGGCUGCUGGAGGGUAGCUUGCUGGAUACAGCCCGUACUCCACGGAAUCUGGCGGGCCAGGUGGAUACAGACACUCUCCUUCAAGGAGGCCGGAAUUUGCGACUGGGAGAGUCGACUUCGUGGAAGUGGCAGGCAGAGGAUGCCUGGGCGGACUCGAAUCAGGUUGGAAAGCCCGUCGCUCAGCACUUGGCCUUGACCACCUUCAUUUUCCCCGACUCCACCUCCAAGUCGGCCUCGACUGCGCCCGCGGCCGACGAUGUCCCCGUCCCUGCCAAUGUCUCCGCCAAAUCAGUCCCGCACACCCCCAACUUUUUCUCGCCUUUCUCGCAUGAUUCCUCCCUCGCAUAUACCGUUCCCUUUGACCAGGUACCGGAGUUCUUGAAGGCGGUCCAGGAAAUCCCAGACCCGUCUGCGGAAGAGGAGGAGCCCAAGAAAUGGAUUAUGAAGGCUGCCCGUGGACCCGCGCAUGGAUCCAGCAGAGCCUUCAAGGUUUGGCUUACGGAUGCGUGGAGCUCCUUUGUGGAUCUCAUCAAACACGCGGAAACCAUCGACAUUGUGAUCAUGGCUCUCGGGUACAUUUCGAUGCACCUGAGCUUCGUCUCGCUUUUCUUCUCGAUGAGACGGCUCGGCUCGAAUUUCUGGCUGGCUACCACGGUGCUGUUUUCUGGAUCCUUUGCCUUCUUGUUUGGCCUGCUGGUGACCACCAAACUCGGUGUGCCCAUCAACCUGCUUCUGCUCUCCGAAGGCCUGCCGUUCCUGGUGGUUACUAUUGGCUUUGAGAAGCCGAUUAUGUUCACUCGGGCGGUCCUGAGCGCUUCGGUGGACAACCGGCGGCCGCGUCCGGGUGCUGCUCCCCGGCCUCUUGCCUCGAGCACCCCACGCUCCAUCCAGGAUUCCAUUGCCACUGCCAUCAAGGACCAGGGAUUCGAGAUUGUUCAGCAUUACUGUAUUGAGAUCGGUUUGCUGGCUAUGGGUGCUGCCUCCGGCGUGCAAGGAGGUCUUCAGCAGUUCUGUUUCCUCGCUGCUUGGAUCCUGUUCUUCGACUGUGUCCUUCUCUUCACCUUCUACACCACCAUUCUCUGCAUCAAGCUGGAGAUCACCCGCAUCAAGCGCCAUGUGGCGCUGCGCAAGGCCUUGGAAGAGGAUGGCAUCACCCACAGUGUGGCUGAAAAUGUCGCCUCGAACAACGACUGGCCCAGUGCAGGAUCGGACAGCAACGAUAUGGAUACCAGCGUCUUUGGACGAAAGAUCAAGUCGAGCAGCGUGCGUCGGUUCAAGAUCUUCAUGGUUGGCGGUCUGAUCUUGAUUAACAUCGUCAACCUGUCGGCCAUUCCCUUCCGGAACCCCGGUAGCGGUGCUCUGCUCUCCCGUUUCUCCAACGUCAUGGCGCCUACUCCUAUCGAUCCAUUCAAGGUGGCAGAGAAUGGGUUGGACACUGUCUAUGUGUCUGCCAAGAGCCAGAAGCAGGAGACCGUGGUGACGAUCAUCCCGCCUAUCAAGUACAAGUUGGAAUACCCUUCCGUCUACUACGGUUCGCCCGAGGAGUCCCGGUCGUUCGACAUUGAAUACACCGACCAGCUUCUGGACGCUGUUGGUGGCAAGGUCCUCGAGAGUCUGCUCAAGAGCGUGGAAGACCCCAUCAUCAGCAAGUGGAUCAUCGCAGCUUUGACGCUCAGCAUCAUCCUCAACGGCUAUCUCUUUAACGCCGCUCGCUGGAGUAUCAAGGAACCCGAGGCUCCUCCUGCCGCCCCCAAGGAGCCGGUGCCUGCACCGAAGGUCUACCCGAAGUUUGAACCCAAUGAGCAGGAAUCGAAGCGGACAGCCGAGGAAUGCGAGCUGAUUUUGAAGGACAAGCGCGCGCCUACGCUCACUGACGAAGAACUGGUCAAUCUGUCUCUUCGCGGAAAGCUUCCCGGCUAUGCCCUGGAGAAGACCAUGGAAGAUGAGACUUUGAUGAGCCGCGUCGAUGCCUUCACCCGCGCCGUGAAAAUCCGCAGAGCCGUGAUCUCACGGACCCCGGCCACUUCCGCCACCACGAGCUCCUUGGAAGCAUCCAAGCUCCCGUACAAGGAUUAUAACUAUGGUCUGGUUCACGGCGCCUGCUGUGAAAACGUCAUUGGGUACCUGCCCCUCCCUCUCGGUGUUGCUGGCCCGUUGAAGAUCGAUGGCCAGAACUACUUCAUUCCCAUGGCUACCACGGAAGGUGUGUUGGUGGCGAGCACAAGUCGUGGCUCAAAGGCCAUCAACGCUGGUGGUGGUGCAAUUACUGUUCUCACGGGCGAUGGCAUGACCCGCGGUCCUUGCGUGAACUUCCCGACUUUGGCUCGGGCUGCUGCUGCCAAGGUCUGGAUUGAUUCGGAGGAAGGUUCGAGUAUCAUUACUGCGGCCUUUAACUCGACCAGCCGCUUUGCCCGCCUCCAAAACCUCAAGACUGCCCUCGCCGGCACCUACCUCUACAUCCGCUUCAAGACAACGACUGGUGAUGCCAUGGGUAUGAACAUGAUCUCCAAGGGUUGCGAGAAGGCGCUGAACGUCAUGUCCACCGAGUGUGGCUUCGACGACAUGGCCAUCAUUUCACUUUCGGGCAACUUCUGCACGGACAAGAAGUCCGCUGCGAUCAACUGGACCGACGGUCGAGGCAAGUCCGUUGUGGCAGAGGCCAUCAUUCCUGGCGAUGUCGUCAAGAAUGUUCUGAAGAGCGAUGUCAACGCCCUCGUGGAGCUGAACAUCAGCAAGAACUUGAUCGGGAGUGCUAUGGCCGGCAGCAUGGGCGGGUUCAACGCACACGCUUCCAACAUCGUGUCUGCCAUCUUCCUGGCCACUGGCCAGGAUCCUGCCCAGAAUGUCGAGAGCAGCAGCUGUAUCACGACCAUGAAGAAUUCCAACGGCAAUCUCCAGAUUUCCGUAUCAAUGCCUUCAAUCGAAGUGGGCACCAUCGGCGGUGGCACUAUCCUUGAAGCACAGUCGGCUAUGCUGGACAUGCUCGGUGUCCGUGGCUCUCACCCCACCACCCCUGGAGAGAACGCCCGACAACUGUCUCGGAUCAUUGCUGCCUCUGUUCUUGCCGGUGAGCUCAGUCUGUGUGCUGCACUCGCCGCCGGUCAUCUUGUCCGAGCACACAUGGCCCACAACCGCAGCGCAGCUCCCACCCGGUCCGCGACUCCUGUGUCGGCUGCUGUGGGCGCUGCACGUGGACUGGCCAUGUCAUCCAAGUAG